AUGAAAAAGGACGGAACGGAUAAGGGCGAGAGCUCGAAUCCGUUCGGCGGGAGUGGCCUUAGGCGUUCGCCGGUUAGGCAAUCUGCCAACCCGGUGGACCCGACGGCAACGUCGGUGGAAACACCGAGCGAUGUGCGAGCGGACCCGUACGAUCAAGUACAGGAAGCGCUGGAAGACCUACUGAGCUCCCCGGAACUCCAAGAUCCGGGAGCUCCAGUAGAGUUGGUCACGGCCAUGGCUGGCAUCGCUGACCUUGUGGAAUGUGUGAAGGGGAAGUCCAACAUCCACAAGGAAAUACGCGAGAAGCUAGCCAGGGUGAUGCAGCUCUUCAUCGCAGCCAACAAAGCUGUGGUGGAACGGCUUGCGGAGCCCGAGGCCGCCAGACCAAAAGAGCGAGGGCCGGCAGAGACCCCUCUGAGGGCGGACACCAUCCGCCCAAAGAAGGUCAAUGCCUUUGCCCAAACAGAGGGCAGCCUUGCGUUUGCUGGCAACAGCAAGCGUAAGAGAGGGUCUCCCGGGGAACUCAGACCCGGGGACCCUAAGAAAAGAGCGGAGGAUCCGUCUGUCCGGCAGGAUCCUGCGGCCAGCGCUUCCAAGCGGGCGGAAGGCCCUGCCGAAAAGGCAGAUGAGCCGACGAGCGCAAAUACCGGAUGGCGGACGGUAUCGCGCAAAAGGGGAAGGCCCAAAGGUACGGAGACGGGAAAAGCCAAACCCCAACCCCAACGACGCAAACGUCGCGUCAGGGAGAGGGGCGAGGCGAUUGUCGUCAAAGCACCUGAGGGCACGUACGCAGAUGUCUUGCGACAGAUGCGUACGAACGAAGAUCUCGCCGAUUUAGGCGAGAAAGUUCGGAGGAUCCGUCGGACACGCACCGGCGAGAUGAUCCUCGAACUGAAGCGUGGUGCUGGAAACUCCAGCGGGACCCUUACGGCUAAGGCCGCCGAAGCCCUUGGUGACAAGGCCGAGGUGCGUGCCCUCUGUAAGGAAGUGACCAUCCGGGUUAAAAACCUGGAUGAAGUCACGACGGAAGACGAACUGCGGGUGGCACUGGUCGAGCAGUGCAAAAUCUGCUCUGACCAGAUGACGGUUCGUCUGCGGAAUGGCCCUCCCAAAUCUGGUAUGCAGAUUGGGCUGGUCAAACUUCCGGUUGCAGCAGCAAACGCCGCACUUAAGUGUGGGCGGCUAAAGGUGGGAUGGUCUAUCUGUCAGAUAUCCAUCCCCCAGCAACCGGACCGGUGCUUCAAGUGCCUGUUGAACGGUCACAAGUCGUUCGACUGCACUGGGCCAGACAGAAGUGGCAUAUGCUGGCGCUGCAGCGAAACCGGCCACAAGUCGGCUAACUGCAAAAAGCCUGCUAAAUGCCCUGUCUGCGCUGGAGACCACGCUGUUGGCAACCCUAGUUUCCCCAUACAAGAAGUUGUGGCGACGGAAUACGAAGGCAUGGUGGUGGCCAAAGUUAACGGGAUCUACUUCUGUAGCUGCUAUGCUCCCCCAAGGUGGUCCUUGGAGAGGUUUGGCACUAUGGUUGACAAGAUGGUGGAUGUGCUAAUGGGGAAAAGCCCCAUCGUUAUUGCUGGCGACUUUAACGCGUGGGCCGUUGAAUGGGGUAGCCGCCUCACAAACCCCAGAGGUCAAACUCUUUUAGAAGCCCUGGCGAGGCUUAAUGUGGAUCUGGCCAACGUAGGGAAUACCAGUACCUACCAAAGUUGGAACGGGAGCGAGUCAACCAUAGAUGUCACCUUCGGUAGCCCGGGGUUGGUAAGCGAUUGGAUGUGCAUUCAAGAGGUGGUGGCGACUGAACACGAAGGUAUGGUGAUAGCCAAAGUUAACGGGAUCCACUUCUGUAGAUGCUAUGCUCCCCCAAGAUGGUCCUUGGAGAGGUUCGGCACUAUGGUUGAUAAGAUUGUAGAGGUGCUCACGGGGAGAAGCCCUAUCGUUAUGGCUGGCGACUUGAACGCGUGGGCCGAUGAAUGGGGUAGCCCUCUCACAAACCCCAUAAGCCAAAUUCUUUUAGAAGCCCUGGCAAGGCUGAAUGUAGACCUGACAAACGUAGGUAAUACCAGAACCUACCAUAGGAACGGGAGCGAGUCAACCAUAGAUGUCUCCUUUGGUAGCCCGGGGUUGGUACGCGAUUGGAUGGUGAGAAAGGCCUACACGAAUAGCGAUCAAUUCGUGAAUUGCUAUCGGUUAGGCUAA